UGCAAGUAUUUUUACAUUCAAAUUAAGUAUGAAAGUUUUCGCUCAAAUUCUUUUGCUGGCUUUGGCCUGCGCCACUGCAAUCGGCAAUCGGACGACCUCAACGGAUGAGGAGCAUAAUCCCAGCAAUAUUAUUGCCAAUGGCUAUGCAGCCUACCAAGGAAAAGCGCCCUACAUUGUCAGCCUGCUAUUGGAAAACUACGACGGAACUCAAGUUGGAAUUUGCAGUGGCGUAAUCAUAUCUAUUUUUGUGCUAACUGCCGCCCAGUGCCUAAGCACGGACGUUGUGGAGGUUCACCUGGGUGCCAUUUCCCGAGGCAAUGGUCAAUAUCAUUUUAAAGUUUACGAAUAUGAUUUCAUUCGUCACGAGAACUGGCCGUCCAUGGGCUAUGACAUCGGACUGAUUCGCAUUCCCUACGUGGAAUUCUCAGCAACCGUAAACCAGAUAAAUCUGCCAAGACUUAGUCAAAAGAACGAACGCUUUGAGAACAGGUGGGCAGUUGCCUGUGGCUGGGGAGAACUUGCCAAUGGUCAAAUUGCCGAUAGGCUGCAGUGUGUCGAUCUACAAAUCAUGACUAAUAACGAGUGCCAUGAGAGCUAUGGCGUUCUGCCACCGAACGUAGUGUGUGCCAGAAGCACAGGCGGAAAGUCCACAUGUAGGGGUGACACCGGCGGCCCACUGGUAGCCCAUGACGAGCCCGUUUUGGUGGGCAUAACAUCUUUCGGUUCGGCUGAUGGCUGCACGUUCGGAAAACCAGCUGGCUUUACCCGUGUUACCUCCCACUUAGAUUGGAUACAAUCUAACACGGGAAUUUAUUACGAAUAAUGUAUGAGUCUUUGAAAAUAAUAAAAGAGCAUUCAUAAGAGCAAAA